AUGACAGACCUUCUUCAUACGAUCCCAGACUUUCCGACGAAGCUGUAUACCCAUCUUCUGCCAUCGUUGGAGAAACAUCUAAUCACCACAACCGACCUUCUCACCCUCGAUGCUUUGGAGGUAGCAAAACGGGCACAUUUACCCCUCCUUGAUGUGAGGAGACUGGCCAGUCAUGUCGUUGCCAUCUUACAAUGUCGAUUGGGGUUGAAGACAGACAAUGCGCCUUCGUAUCAGAACGCCGGAGAAGGCCAGGCGGGUUAUGGCUCGUUGAGGAAGACGGGAAAGGAAGCGACUACCCGAUUGAGCCUUAUCAGCACUCUUGACCCUUCCAUAGAUGAAGCAUUGGGCGGUGGUAUACCAACAAGUUGCAUCACUGAGAUCACGGGAGAAAGUGGUGCUGGCAAAACGCAACUCCUCCUCACUCUUCUUCUUUCCGCCCAACUUCCUCCACCUGAUGGUCUCUCACGUCCAACCCUCUACAUCUCAACCGAGCACCCUCUUCCGACAGUUCGCCUUGCUCAGAUCCUCAAGAACCAUCCAGUACUCUCCUCGCAUCCAAGCCCACCCUCUCUCAAUCGUAUCCUCACUCUAAACACCCCGGAUCUUGAAUCCCAAGACCACAUCCUGACCUACCAACUCCCAGUCGCACUCGCCCGUCAUAGUGUCGGCUUGGUGAUCCUCGACAGCAUAGCAGCGAACUAUCGCGCAGAGCGUAGCUCCGCCAAUACGCCUUUCGCGCUCGCCACACGCUCUGCACAGCUUGUACGGCUAGGCGCUCUCCUGCGAUCCCUUUCCCGCGAACACAAUUGCGCAGUGGUGGUAGCAAAUCAAGUCGCCGAUCGGUUCGCCCCCGUCUCCACGACUUCUCGUGCAUCGGCGUCGAUUUCCGUAGGAAAUGUCUUUUCAUCCUCUCCAGCGUCAACGGCUACGACCUCCGUCCCUGCACCAUCAGUAUUAAGUCUUGACCACCAACAACGCUUCUUUACCGGUUGGGGCGCGGAACCCUCGACUCCGUCCCACAAUCUCAAGACGCCCACUUUAGGCCUCGUGUGGGCGAACCAGAUCACUUGCCGAAUUGCGCUAGUCAAGGAGCGGGAUUAUGGCAGCGCAGGAACUGGGGAGGGCGAAGUAGCAGUUGACGACAUUGGAGGCGCAGAAUGGAACUCGAGGCGUUGGAGAAGGUGGAUGCGAGUUGUGUUUGCGCCAUGGGUAAAAGCCACUGGGGAAAGGGAGAGGGGAGUGGAGUUUGAGAUUUGGAGUGGGGGCGCAAGGGUUGUCAACAAAGCCGCUGCACAAUCUCAAAAAGCAAUGUAG